AUGGACAGCAGGACCUGUAGGAGCUCUUGUCCUGAGCUUCAGGCCAGCCCUUGCCUGGCCAGCCUGGGAUGCACAACCAUAGUUCACCCUGUUCAGCCACUCUCAGAGAAGUGCUUGAACCCUCAUGGUGGGAAACACAGCCUCUCUCUGGGCCUGGUUCCUACAAUACUGACACUCCAUCUUUUUGCUGCAGGAAAAGAAGUUUGCUAUGAAAGGGUGGGGUGCUUUAAAGAUGGUUUACCAUGGACUGGGACUUGGUCAAGACAGUUGGCAGGUUUGCCCUGGUCUCCAGAGGAGAUAAAUACUCGCUUUCUGCUCUACACUAGACAUAAUCCCAAAGCUUAUCAGGAGAUCAGUGCAGUUAAUUAUCUAACUAUCCAAACCUCGCACUUUGGAACAGACAAGGUGACCCGCAUCAACAUACCUGGAUGGAAAUCAGAUGGAAAGUGGCAGCAAGACAUGUGCCAUGCGUUACUACAAGUAGAAGAUGUGAACUGCAUUAACAUAGACUGGAUUAACGGUUCGCUGGAGUACAUCCAUGCUGUAAACAAUCUCCGAGUUGUUGGUGCUGAGGUGGCAUAUUUUAUUGAUGUUCUCACGAAAAAAUUUGGAUAUUCUCCUUCUAAAGUUCACUUGAUUGGCCACAGCGUGGGAGCACAUCUGGCUGGGGAAGCUGGGUCAAGGGUACCAGGCCUUGGAAGAAUACUGGUAAGCCCGCCUUGAAUUUGCUUACACACUGGAUUGGACCCAGCCGGGCCAUAUUUCCAUAAUACUCCAAAUGAAGUUAGGCUGGACCCCUCAGAUGCCAACUUUGUUGAUGUUAUUCAUACAAAUGCAGUUCGAUUGCUCUUUGAGUUUGGUGCUGGAACUAUUAAUGCUUGUGGUCACCUUGACUUUUACCCUAACGGAGGGAAGCACAUGCCAGGAUGUGAAGACUUAAUUACACCUUUAUUUAGCUUUGAUUUCAGUGCUUACAAGGAAGAGGUGGUUUCUUUCUUUGAGUGCAACCAUGCCCGAAGUCAUCGCUUUUAUACUGAGAGCAUUCUUAAUCCUGAUGCAUUUAUUGCUUAUCCUUGUAGAUCCUACAAAUCGUUUAAAGUGGGAAAUUGCUUCCAUUGUCCCAAAGAAGGUUGCCCAACAAUGGGUCAUUUUGCUGAUAGAUUUCACCUCAAAAAUAUGCAACCUAAUAGAUCAUAUUAUUUUUUAAACACAGGGACUCUUUCCCCGUUUGCCCGUUGGAGGCACAAAUUAUCUGUCAAACUUGAUGGGAACAACGUCACUCAGGGGAGCAUAUUUCUCCGUGUAGGUGGAACAGCUGGCAAGAUGGAAGAGUUCGUGAUGGCCAGUGGAACACUUAAGCCAGGCAUGACUUAUACAAAAUUAAUUGAUGCAGACGUUAAUGUUGGAAAUGUUACAAAUAUGGAGUUCAUUUGGAAGGAACAUUUGUUUGGACGUUCUCAGAAUAAGUUGGGAGCAGAAGUGGUGACAGAUAUAUCUGGAAAAUACGGAUAUGAAUCUACCUUCUGUAGCCAGGACAUUAUGGGACCCAAUAUUGCCCAGAUCCUGAAUCCAUGCUAAUCUCAGAUACAGUCUUGAUGGAUUUGUUUAAUGGGAGCAGCGAAAGAAAGAAUCUCCUUCUAGUUGGUAUCUGAACCACACUUGGCCUUGGUGAAUGAAAUAGAAAAAUACAGUUGUUACUGUUUUCUAUAUAGAAUGUUUUUCUCAUUGAUAAACUUUGUAAGUGCCUUGAAAACAGACUGAGUCCUAGGACAGGGUACAGUAUGGUAACUGUUAGAAUCUGGAUAUUGGUGACAAAAUAAAGCCUUGUUGGAAUUUUCCUGAAUGAGAGGAGGCGAUGCCAAAGCGUGAUGGUAUAAAUUCACUGCGUAAAAGUUGGACUCUGUCUGGUUGAGUACUUGAAGUACAUAUUGAAUAUCUCCAGGUAGCAUAAUCAUUGUCCUGAAGUGAUUUAAAAAAUAUUUAUUAUGUUGUUAAAUCCUGCUAAGACCAAUCAUGGCUCCCGUUCGUGCUAUGUAGGUAAUGAUAACCCUGUGGGUUGAUAUGUCUAUGUAUUAAUAAUGAAAACCGAUGAGUGUACUUUCGUAUUUCCAAGAUGCUCCUUGGUCUUCAGAUAUGUGUGAAGGGGGGCUUAUCUGUGACUGUCCAACAGUUAGCAAAAGGCCCUGAGGAUCAUCAGCCCCCUUCUCUAGAAGCACCCCUGCCUUGAGAGAAUUAUUCCUCUCUGGGCCUUGAAAGCCCCAUUACAAAUUUGCAUUUUGCCUAAAGGCACUGUCUCAUUUGUAAAGCACUUGACUAUCCCUUUGUGUUUGCGGUAGUUGUACUGUAAUAUUUAAGUAUGUCAAUUUUUUAAAAUCUUGCUUCAAUUUUUUUGUAAUCCAGUUGUCCUUAUCCAGUUCAAAUCAAAGAUGACUUUUUAUUUGUUCUAUUUUCUAAUGGAUUUAGUGUUUAGCCCACAACACUGCACUAUAAAUGUUGUUGAAAAGAAAUGAUGACAGAUCCUUUGCAAAAGUUUUCUUGAUUCUACUUGGUGCCCUGCUGCCAAAUGAACCUCAAGAAGAGGCCCCUGGAUGUUCUUGAGCUUGUGUUGGGGCAGAAAUCGGAGAUCCAAGUGGCAUGGCUCUUUCUCAUUUGAGGACGAGACUCAACGGAAGGAGGAAAGGAGAUGUGGACAUAUUUUGGCAUGAUCUGGCUGAUUGUCUGCUGUCUGGUAGGCCUGUCCACCCUGGGCCUCGGCCCGCCCAGGAGCAGGGGUCCCAUGAGCAGCCCCGUGGGAGGGUCUGAGUCCUCCUGAGUGAUAGUAUGGCAGCCCCAGUUUCUCAGCAACCUGGUGGUGGAGUCAGCCCCAGGCCUCCGGGGUCAGGAAAGUUUCCUGUGCAAGCAACUGUCCUGACCCUGCACUGUUCUCUGCUCGGCCUUUCUGGAUUUUUUGGAAAAGGGCUUGGCCACCAGCGGGAAGAAUUAUGGAUCAAGAAGCAGCAUUAGGCUCUGUGAGUCCUGGCCUGCCUCCUUGCCCAAGAGGCCUCUUGGCAGGCUCUUUCUAAGCUUGAAAAAGACAAAUGAGAGUCAAUUAACUUCUGGAAACCUAUUUUAAUAAAACACAAACUUUUUGUUCCAUA